UCAUCAUAGCGCGUGUGAUGUGUGCCUUUAAAUAAAAUUUUCCAAAAUAAAAUAAAUAAAUAAAAAUAAAUUCUUUACUUGCACCGUCGGGUUUUCUGUACCCUGCUGUUUGUUUUUUUCUUCAACUUUCUCCGAUUGAUAUUUGCAGACGAUAAAAAUUACUCACCAAAAUCACGAAAUUUGAAUAGAUGAAGAUUUUCGUGAAGACGCUCAAGGGUACCCACUUCGAAAUCGAAGUGAAACCCGAUGACACGAUUGCGGACGUGAAAAAGACGGUCGAAAACACGCAAGGGGCAGAUGUUUAUCCUGCUACACAGCAGUUGCUUAUUCAUCAAGGAAAAGUUUUGAAAGAUGCCACUACUUUGGAAGAGAAUAAGGUUGCUGAAAAUAGUUUUGUCGUCGUUAUGCUCACAAAGAAGGCAUCCUCUGGUGAAGGCUCAACAACAUCACGUGCGCCUACUCCGAAGGCACCACAAACAAGCGAGCCACCUACUUCCACUCCAGUAUCCGUAACUCCAUCCACAAUUUCUCAACCACCUGCACCAGCUGCUGCGCCUGCGCCUACUUCUGCUCCUAUUCCUGCUGCUGAAGAUGCAUCGGAUGUGUAUGGGCAAGCGGCAUCUAAUCUUGUAGCUGGGAAUAUUCUCGAGGGAACAAUCCAGCAGAUUCUUGAUAUGGGUGGGGGGAUUUGGGACAGAGAUACAGUUGUACGAGCCCUUCGCGCUGCUUACAACAAUCCAGAGAGAGCAAUUGAUUAUUUAUACUCCGGGAUUCCCGAACCAGCAGAAGCUCCAGCUCCAGCUCCAGUUGCUAAUGUGCCAGCUCAGCCUCAACCAGCUCCUGUACCUUCAGUGGGACCCAAUGCAAAUCCACUGGAUCUUUUUCCUCAGGGCUUUCCAACUAUGGGCUCAAAUGCUGGUGGAGCGAAUGCCUUAGAUUUUCUACGUAAUAAUCCACAGUUCCAAGCGUUGAGAGCAAUGGUGCAGGCAAACCCACAGAUCUUGCAGCCCAUGCUUCAAGAACUAGGAAAGCAAAAUCCUCAAUUAGUGAGGCUGAUUCAAGAACACCAAGCUGAUUUUGUCCGCCUCAUCAACGAGCCUAUUGAAGGCGCAGAAGGAGAUUUGCUUGGGCAGCUUGGAGAAGGAGGGAUGCAACACGCUAUAGAAGUUACACCCGAGGAACGUGAAUCUAUAGAAAGGCUUGAGGCAAUGGGAUUUGAUCAAGCGCUUGUGUUGGAGGUGUUCUUCGCCUGCAACAAGAAUGAAGAACUUGCUGCAAACUAUCUCUUGGAUCAUAUGCAUGAGUUUGAAGAGUGAUGAUAUUAAAUUUUAAGUUGGGAUAUAUUUUCUUUCAAUACUGUCUGAAAAUUGUGUUUUUCUUUUUUACUUCAGUCGACUUUCUUUGCGGUCAUAUAGUGAGACGUUUAGCCCUCUCUCUCUCUCCAGGAAUUCAUAGGUUGAAAAAGAAAAGAAAAACGAAGUCUAUAAAUAAUAUUGUUAUGUUUAAAAUUGCGUGUAUAAUAUAUCCAUGUGAAGUUACUUUUCGGGAUCUUGUGUAAGAGUUUGCCUGUCACAUGCUUCUUGUGAUUGCUCGUCUUUAUUUCGAAUAA